AUGUUAAAGGCUACGGAACUGGGAUACUCUGAGUUGAGUAGGUUCCACCAUAUAACUACUGAUGGAUGGAAAGUGUUAGAAAAUGACAGACAAACCUUGGAAAUGAUUAACUAUGUUGAUAGCGAUAGAGUCAUUGAUGUUUAUGUUGAGCACAUCAAUCCAAAUGUGUUUAUCCACAAUCAAGUUGAUUCAAAUGCAGGUGGUUUGGUGGAAAAUCAAAAGAAAAAUCAAAACUUUGAAAGUUCUAAUGAGAGUGGCUCGUACUCAGACGGAGAGUCCUUAGAGUAUGAAUACUUUUAUGAUAGUGAGUAUGACAUGCAUGAUGAUGAAUUGUAUGAUACUUUUGUGGAUCAUGAUGUUGAAUUUGUUGGUGUUAACAAAGGGAAAAGAAUGGAGGAAGACAAAGGAGUUGCCAAAGGAAAAAGAAUGGAGAAAGGCAAAGGAGUUGCCAAAGGGGAAGAAGCUGGUGACAGGGGCACAAUUAUGCAGGACGUUAAUGAUUUUUAUGGUGAAGAAUAUGACACAAAUGAGUUGGUCAGUCUUAGUGGAUCAUCAUUAAAGGAAGUUGCCUAUAAGAUAUAA